AUGUCUUUGAGAUUUGCUUCCGGCAUCGAGUGGGCAGAACUCUUCGAGCGUGGUCGUUUGCGAUAUAUCCCCGACCAUCUAGACACACCCUUGCGCUCCUACCGCGGCAUCUUCGCAGGCCGCAAUAGACGACCGCACCGCAUUCACAUCGCACACGUCGCUCCCGACCCAUUGCUACGUAUCAAAAGAAAGAGCACGACUAGCACUAGCAAGUCGUACGUUACCGAAAAGCUGGCGGUCCCACGUGCCAACGCAAAACGUUAUCUACGUUCCUUUAUCGACUCCCAUUUCAACAGUAAACCCGAAACCUCAGACCCACCCGCAGAUCAACCCUCGUCAUCGUCGUCGAGCACCAACAGCAAUCGCAACUCUAUUGCUUCUUCCCGAGGCUCACAGACUGCCCAAAUGAGGUCGCUCACCAGGAACUCGGGCGUAGGUGCUGUGGGCGCCAUUGGAAGCACGUUAGCUGCCCCAGCUGUUCCCAGGCCGUCAUUAUCAGAGUCAACUUGGUCUUCAGGCCGCACCUCUGCCAAAAGCAUCAUCAGCAGUGUAAAGAGCAUGCCAGAGGAGAAGCCAGUAGCUUCGGGCGGAGGCGUCAGCGUCAACGUACAACUCACAGAGCCUGUCUUAUUCUUACGUGGUUUCGAACAAUCCGAACAUGCUGAGCGAAGCACGGCGAUGCUCCGUGGCACACUGUGUUUAAAGGUCACAAAGCCUUCAAAGUUGAAGGCCAUCACGCUAAAGUUUCGGGGCCGUGCAACGACAAAAUGGCCAGAGGGUAUCCCCCCAAAGAAGACUGAGUUCGAAGAGGUGGAUACUCUGAUGAGCCACACAUGGCCCUUCUUCAACUCCCAAUUUCCGAACGCGGAAAAUGGCACCGGUGCAGAUCACGUGGAACUCUACAAAAGUUCAGGUGGUUUGAGUGGGUCGCCAAACAAUUCUUCCCUGAACCUGACAACGAAAGAAGCAAGACGCCUGUCACUGCAAGUCAACCAAUCGCGGAGUUUCGGGAAGGGUGACACCCCUGGAGGGGGUCCUUCAGUAGCACAAAAGGGCUACAGGAUGUUCAACCCUGGCGAGUACAUGUACAACUUCGAGCUACCACUGGACAGUCACCUUCCCGAAACCAUCGACGUUGAUCUUGGCUCCGUCAAGUACGAGUUGGAGGCGACGGUCGAGCGUGCUGGAGCCUUCCGCACAAAUCUUGUUGGAUCAAAAGAAGUUCAGCUUAUCCGCGCACCGUCAGAGGGUUCAUUGGAACAAGUGGAGCCUAUCGCCAUCAGCCGCAGCUGGGAAGAUCAACUCCAUUACGACAUUGUCAUUUCGGGAAAAUCCUUCCCGCUCGGAGCGCAGGUCCCCAUCGCCUUCAAGCUAACCCCAUUGGCAAAAGUACAAUGUCAUCGCAUCAAGGUGUUUGUUACUGAGAAUGUUGAGUACUUCUGCAACAACAAGCGGGUACAUCGCAUGGAGCCCGUCCGCAAGGUCCAACUUUUCGAGAAACGUGCGGAUGGUCCUGCUACAAGCACUUUUCCCGGUAGUACAAUGAGGAUAGUGUCCGGAGGUGGUGUUCCAUACGACCAACGGGUGGCUGCUUCCCGGGGUGAGGACGUACAAGUAGAAGACCCCACCAAUCUUUUGGGUGAUCUUGGUGGAGAUACAAACGUUGGCCCCACGGAGAUGGAGUUCAACGUACAAUUGCCAAGCUGUCAUCACCUCAAAGAGAAGGACAAGGCUUCCAAGUUACAUUUUGACACCACGUACCAGAACAUACAGGUGCAUCAUUGGAUCAAGCUCGUCAUGCGCCUUUCGAAACCGGACCUGGUCGACCCGUCGAAGAGACGACACUUUGAAAUCUCGAUUGAUUCACCCUUCCACAUUCUUUCGUGCCAGGCCACUCAAGCCAAUACCGCACUGCCAGCGUACUCUUCGCCAGAGCCUGCGCUCAGCGGAGCGGGAAUACCUGAAUGCGGAUGCCCCAACGCACCGCCUCGACGAAACUCCCCAACCAGCUUCGUGCCAACUCUGAGUUCGAUAGGCCGCUCAAGAGGCAACUCGGAUGCACCGAUGCCAACACCGGCCCCACCCCUCACACGACCACAAGCUGCACACAUUGGUGGACCCAACGACUCUACUGUACAAAGGCCAAUCCACCUAAUGCGCGUGCCCUCGUUCAACCCGCCAGCAUUCUCUGAAAUAGAACCGCCACCUCCCCCGCCUUCAGAAACACCGCCUCCUCUGUAUGAGACCAUCGCAUCGCCCACGAAUGGACUGGCGGACUACUUCUCUCGCCUUUCAGAUGCAUACGACUCUGACAGCGACCCUGAGCGCAACGACCGAAUGCGCGUCGAGAUACCUCUGACGCCAGGAGGUCGUGCGAAUCGGAGUAUGGACGAGAGGCGAACAUGGCUGCCCGUAGGCCACUAA